GCGUCAUGAAAAACCUUCGCCGUUGCCGCACACAACCAGUGAAUGCAUCGAUUGCUUCUUCGUGGUGCAUCAAGUGAAGCCACAAGGAACGAAUUCACAACACCAACUAUGGACAGCGUGUUCACCAACGUGGGGCUCGAAGGCCACCACACAGCUCUUGAGGGCCGCCGGCACAAGGUGACCAUCGUCGGCGUUGGCGGCGUCGGCAUGGCCUGCGCAUACUCCCUCCUCAACAAAGGCAUCGUGGGAGAGCUCGUCCUGGCUGAUGUGCAACAGGAGCGCCUUCAAGGCGAGGUGCUUGAUCUGCAACACGCGGGCCUGUUCCUUCCCUGUCGCGUGCGCGCGUCUGGUCUCGACUACGAGGAGACCAGAAACUCCGACAUCUGCAUCAUCACUGCCGGCGCCCGCCAAAACGUGCGCAUAUGUGUGUGA